CGAAAGAAGUCAGACAUCUAAGCUCCCCAACUUCAAAAGGCAGCAGAGAAGGUUAGGGAAGUCUGCACCUUGGAACCCACACAAAUAUAUUCCCCAGUUCAAUUUGAUCACCAAUCAAUAAUUCAGAACACUAACUCUUCUUUUAUUUUUGCAGCCCACGACACACCAACAAACAUAGAUGGAGAGAGAAGAACGACCAGUGCCUCACCAUCUGUCGUUGCCCAAGCGAAAGAAUAAAGCAAUAACCAGUGCACAAACUGGCGAAUCAAAGCCACCGCCAAAACGGCGCAAAACAGGGAUCGACAGACGAUCCAAAAAGCUAGCAACCGCAUCCUUCAAUCCAUUCAGACAACCUUUCUCAACCGAUAUCAAUACGAACAACACGGCAUCAACGAUUGUUGGCAUAAACCAAUCUAAAUUCCAGUCUGAGGUUGAAGAAACAACAGAACAUACUUCACAAACACCUACUCACGCACAACAGGAGCAAAAUCUGGCUGACAUUCAACAACCACAGGAAACAAAUACUAUCUUGCAGAGCUUUGAUAACAAUAUCUUGGAUUUGGGAUUACCAACCUUGGCUUGCACAAACUGUGGUGCACGAUUCUGGCCACAAGAACAGCUCAACUGCAACAGGCCAACAAAGACACCGAUUUACACAUUGUGCUGCCAGCAAGGAAGGAUACGAUUACCACUUCUUAAGCCCACACCACCACUUUUAGAUAAGCUACUUGAUGUCAGCGGUGAUUCAACGGCCACUCAUUUUGGAAAACAUCGACGUCAGUAUAAUGCAGCCUUUUCAUUCACUUCGAUGGGUGCUAAAGUUGAUCAACGUCUGCUGAAUUCUAGAGGUCCGUACUCGAUGGUAAUAUGCGGCGAGAACUAUCACCUUAUUGGUUCUUUAUUGCCACCUAAUGGUGAAAGACCCAAAUUUGCACAGUUAUACCUCUUUGAUCCCUCAACAGAAGUGGAAGAUCGGAUGGCUAACUUUUCGAGCAACGAUGAAGUUUUGAAGGCAGAGAUAGUUUCGGGGUUAAUUGAGAUGUUCAAUGAAACAAAUGAGUUGGUCAAAAGCUUCAGACGAGUUCGAGAACACCUACAAAAUCCUGAAAACCAAAAUUUGCGGCUCAGAAUUGUUGGUACUCGAGUGAAAAAUGGAGAGCAGUAUGAACUACCUACUGGACAAGAGUUAGCUGGCUUAAUCCCAGGAGAUUUUCGGCCAGACAAUAAUGACAGAGACAUCAUUGUUCUCCACAGGAGCCAGGGUCUAUGGCGUAUAAAUAGUCUCAAUCCCAAAUUCGAUGCUCUACAUUUUCCAUUAUUGUUUCCAUAUGGAGAAGACGGUUUCCACACAGGAAUAUGUUACAAUGAACCAGCAAAUAGACGGUCAAGAAAGAGGAUGUGCAUAACUCAACGAGAGUACUACUCCUUCCGUCUCCAACAUCGUGACAACGAGGGAUCUACACUUAUGAGGGGUGGAAAAGUUCUGCAACAUUAUAUCAUAGAUGCAUUCUCCACAAUAGAACAAAAUCGCCUUAUAUUCCUUAGACAAAAUCAGGAGCAACUACGCUCUGAAAUCUUUCAAGGAUUAUAUGAUGCUUACAAAGCAGGCAAAGAGACAGGGAAAGAUUUAGGAAGGAUCAUUUUGCCGGCUUCAUAUACAGGAGGGCCACGAUAUAUGAAAAAUUUAUACCUCGAUGCAAUGGCGAUUUGUCAACAAUUCGGCAAUCCUGAUCUAUUUAUUACAUUCACCUGCAAUGCCCAGUGGCCAGAAAUUGUACAUGCUUUCGAAGAAACGGUUGGGAAUCGAAGUGAAAACAAGACACAGAUUGUUGCUCGAGUUUUCAGAAUGAAGUUACGAGCCUUAAAAGAGCGGAUUACCAAGCAAAAGUAUUUCGGAAAAACGGUGGCAGAUCUUUAUACAGUGGAAUUCCAAAAGCGAGGACUACCGCAUGUUCACAUCCUGAUAUGGCUGGACGAACCAGAUAAAUUGAAAGACAUUGCAGCCAUUGAUUCAGUAAUAAGCAGUGACAUACCUGAUAGAUCUAUAGAUCGAGAGGGAUAUGAAGCAGUAACACGAUUCAUGAUGCAUGGUCCAUGUGGUCAAUCAAACACUUCAGCACCUUGCAUGGUAGAUGGUCGAUGUUCAAAGCACUUUCCCAAAGCUUUUAGCUCAGAGACAACAUAUUAUCAGUUUGGAUACAUCGUCUACAGAAGGAGGGACACAGGAAUACAUGUCGAAAAGGGCAGAACAAAGCUUGACAACAGGUUUGUUGUGCCAUACAAUAGAGACCUUUUGGUAUGGUUGCAGGCACACAUCAAUGUGGAAAUUUGUCACAAAGGAAGGUUGAUAAAAUAUCUUUUCAAAUAUCUUACAAAAGGACAUGACAGAUCGAUGGUAGAAGCUACAAAUAGAGCAUCCUCAUCAUCAAAUGAACAAGGUCCAAUAGAUGAAAUUUCACAAUAUUUGGAUUGUCGAUAUCUUUCAGCAUAUGAAGCAGCUUGGAGAAUUUAUGAAUUCCCGAUACACGAGAGGACGCCAGCUGUUCUCAGAAUGUGUGUACAUCUCCCCAAUCAACAAACAGUUCCAUAUAAUGAGGAUGAACCACUAGAAAAUGUGGUGCAACGUCGUGGAGUCAAUCAAACUAUGCUAACACAGUGGUUCAAGCUUAACAGAACCAAUCCAGCAGCUCGAACGCUCACCUACCGAGAGAUACCAAACAAGUUUGUAUGGGAUCAGAAACAAGCUGAUUGGUUUCCAAGGAAGAGAGGAUUUCAGAUUGGAAGAAUAGUCUCUGUUCCGCCGGGAUCAGAUGCUGUGUAUUUGAGAAUGCUGCUAACGAAAAUACGAGGAGCAUUAAGUUUUGAACAUCUCAGGACAGUAGAUGGUAUCUGUUACCGCACAUACAAGAAGGCAUGCAAUAAACUUGGCUUGCUAUCCACGGAUGAGGAAUGGAAAUUAGUACUAGAAGAAGUUUGUCAAUGGGGCCAACCAUCUUUAAUAAGAACUACUUUUACUUCACUCCUCAUGUUCUGUGAGAUUACAGAACCACUUUCUCUGUUUGAGAAGUUUUGGGAACAGAUGGCAGAUGAUAUAGUAUACCGAGCUCGACGAAACAACUCUUGCAGAUACUUUGUCCCGCCAUCACGUUCUUUGCAAAACUCAGUACUUCUAGAACUGCAAAGACUACUCAACUAUUAUUCUACUACUCUUCAGAACGUAGGCCUACCUACUCCACAGUUGGAUGACUGCGACGUCCUGGACAAUAGUCUUAUUGCAGAGCAGCUUGACUAUGACAUUACCGAACAGAGAAGAAGAGCAGAUACAAGUUGGGAGUCACUUAAUGAAAAUCAAAGAUAUGCAUACGAUGCCGUAUUCGAUUCUGCAAGCAAUGAGAAAGGGUCUUUGUUCUUCUUAUAUGGACAUGGAGGCACGGGAAAGACAUUCCUAUAUGACACUCUUAUUGCAAAGUUGAGAAGCAUGAAAAAAAUUGUCUUGGUGGUGGCUUCCUCGGGUAUAGCUGCUACACUACUACCUGAUGCAAUUACAGCACAUUCGAGAUUUAAAAUUCCACUUGAAAUCGAUAGAACUUCUACCUGCAUGAUUAAGAAGGGAUCACAUCUUGCUCAACUUAUCAAAGAAGCAAGCCUCAUAGUUUGGGAUGAAGCUCCAAUGACACAUCGAUUCUCAUUCGAGGCAGUUGAUAGAACUUUUUGCGACAUCAUGAACUGCCCAUUAACUGGAGAUGGUUAUAAGCCUUUCGGCGGAAAGUGUGUUCUUCUUGGCGGUGAUUUUAGACAGACAUUGCCUGUUGUGGUGGAAGGUGGUCGUGAAGAGAGUAUUGAUUCCUCUCUAACAAGAUCACAUCUUUGGAAGCAUUUCAAAGUUUUACCUUUGACAGUAAACAUGCGGAUCAACACCAACCACAACAACCUGCUGCCCAUUUAUGAUGGAAUGGAUUUUGCAAGUUGGGUACUAGCUGUUGGAGAUGGAAGAAUCAAACGUACAACAUUCAGCUCAUCAGUUUAUACAGAUUGGAUAAAAAUACCAGAUAAGUUCCUCAUUCCACAUAUAGGCAACAAGAUUCAGGCAAUUACUGAAACUGUCUAUACUGAUUUUCGUUCUAACUAUGGUAAUCCAGACUACAUUAAGAAUCGAGCUAUAGUAACACCGACAAACCGUACAGUUUCAGAGAUAAAUGCAUAUAUGUUGGCUCAAAUAAAGGGAAGAGACAAAAUAUACUAUAGCUCAGAUUCAAUUGAAGAUGACUCGCCAAACAGUAUCAGACUGGAAGAAGAAUAUCCAACAGAGUUCUUGAAUGGCUUAUCCUUCAAUGGUGUACCAGAACAUGAAAUACACUUGAAGGUAUCAACUCCAGUCAUCCUUCUUCGUAAUUUGAAUCCCGCUAUCGGGUUGUGCAAUGGGACGAGGAUCAUGAUUACACAUUUGGGAGAUAAUGUUAUUCGAGGUGAUAUCAUUGGAGGAAAGUAUGACAAGAAAACAGUUGCGAUACCGAGAAUAGUGCUCAAUGUUACUGAACAUCGAUGGCCAUUUGUCUUGAAGAGAAGACAGUUUCCAGUCAGGGUGUGCUAUGCAAUGACAAUCAACAAGAGUCAAGGCCAAACUCUUGAUAUAGUCGGGGUUUACUUGCCUAAGCCAGUGUUCAGUCAUGGACAACUUUAUGUAGCUGUCUCACGAGUUCGAUCUGCAGAUGGAUUACAUAUACUAAUUGACAAUGAUGCCGGGGUGCCACAAAGCUUCACAAGAAAUAUUGUAUAUGAAGAAACUUUUGCCGAUAUCAAUGGAACAACACAACCACCCACAGGGGAAAGGGACUUUGAUUGAAGAUAGUUUGGAAAUUAAAUUUGGAACCAGUUACAAUCUCAAUCUCUCUUGCAACGUAAGAAAAUAUUCAUGCUACUUCUUACCUUCACAAUAACCAAAACCAUCCAACAAGCUACUAACUCACCAAUCAAUAUGAAUUUCGCUGCAGUAUAUGUGAACAGAUUUUGCAAGGUAAUGGACCAGUGGAAAGCACAAAGGCAAGGAGAAGCAGAUCACCAAGAAAUAUUCAUUGAUGUACUCUUAAUAAGAUAGUUACAAAUUAAUAUUUACAUGAACUGCUUCUACAUAUUAUUCCAGUUCUGCAUUCUUUGUUCUUUGUUCAUAAUAUGUUCUUCGUCCAAGCUUAUACAAACAUGUGUUUUGAUCGAAAAUCAUAAAAACAAACCUGCCUUCUUUGUUUAGUAAAACGACUGUGUUUUAGAAAAAGCCAUAUUUAUCAAUUAAAGUGAAAUGGGCUUACAUUUCUAUUUAACAAACUUCCGUUGGCUAGCUACACGACAACUCCUAGGUUAGUGGGCUUAAGCUAAAUUUGUGGCCUUGCUACUGAUCAAAACUCAAUUUAACAUAAUUAAGUAGACUUUUCGGAUGGAAGUCUUUGUUUCUUAUCAUCUUCAAUCAAAGAUUUCCUUUGUAAAAACUAGAAAUUGCGAACAAUAAAUAUGUAAGAUAGCAGGUGCAAAUAAAGACGUGUGGCCCAUCAGGAUUAACACCUCUUCGUCUUCCGUAUACGCGGAGUUUUUCUUAUGGUUAAUGGGUAAGUAGUCAGAUAGAAGAAGAUGGUGCAAAUAAAAUUACUGUGUACGU